AUGGACGCUCAUCAACAACUACUCGAUUCGCAGAAACCUAUGGAUGAACAGAGCAAUCCAUCUUUCUUCAAGAUGGUUGACUAUUUCUUCGACAAAGGAGCAGCUGUAAUUGAACCGAAACUAGUUGAGGAACUGAAAUCGAACUCAAUGAGUACUAAGGACAAGAAGAACCUUGUCAACGGAAUCCUUAAGUCCAUCAAGCCUGUUAAUAAGGUUUUGUACAUCACUUUCCCUAUUCGACGUGAAAACGGUGAAUUUGAAGUGAUUGAAGCAUGGCGAGCACAACAUUCCGAACAUCGCACUCCCACCAAGGGAGGUAUCCGUUACUCGCUUGACGUGUGCGAGGAUGAGGUGAGAGCUCUGUCGGCCCUGAUGACCUACAAAUGUGCGGUUGUGGAUGUACCUUUUGGAGGAGCAAAGGGAGGAGUCAAAAUAGAUCCUAGGAAAUAUACCGAAUACGAGAUUGAGAAAAUUACUCGUCGUAUCGCCAUUGAGUUCGCCAAAAAGGGAUUCCUUGGUCCCACCGUCGAUGUGCCAGCACCUGACAUGGGAACCGGAGAACGUGAAAUGGGUUGGAUCGCUGACACCUACGCUCAAACCAUUGGCCAUAUGGAUAGAGAUGCAGCCGCUUGUAUUACCGGAAAACCAAUCGUUGCUGGUGGUAUCCACGGACGAGUAUCUGCAACUGGCCGGGGAGUAUGGAAGGGUCUUGAGGUGUUCUGUAAGGAAAAGGAAUACAUGGACAAGGUUGGACUUACACCUGGACUAGCAGGAAAGAAAAUUAUUAUCCAAGGUUUCGGUAAUGUAGGAUUGCACACAAUGCGAUACUUGCACAGAGGAGGCGCAAAGAUAAUCGGAGUACAAGAAUGGGACUGUGCCAUACAAAACCCGAACGGAAUUGAUCCUAAACAGCUCGAAGAAUGGAGAGACAAAAAUGGAACCAUCAAAAACUGCCCUGGAACAACGAACUUCGAACCAUUCAGAGAGCUCAUGUUCGAGAAGUGUGACAUCUUCGUUCCUGCAGCUUGCGAAAAGACCAUCACAAAAGAAAACGCGCACAAAAUCCAAGCCAAGAUCGUUGCCGAGGCUGCUAAUGGACCUACCACACCUGCUGCUGACAAGAUCCUUCUCAAGCGUGGCAACUGCCUGAUCAUCCCUGACAUGUUCUUGAACUCGGGUGGUGUGACUGUUUCCUACUUCGAAUGGCUGAAAGACCUCAACCACGUCUCGUAUGGUCGACUAAGUUUCAAGUAUGAAGAAGAGUCCAAUAGGAUGCUUCUUCAGUCUGUGCAAGAGUCCUUGGAAAAAGCUAUUGGUAGAAACGUCCCAGUGACACCGAAUGCGGCGUUCGCAGCUAAAAUCGCUGGAGCUAGUGAAAAGGAUAUCGUACAAUCCGGUCUCGAAUACACAAUGUUACGUGCUGGUGAGGCCAUCAUCCGAACUGCUCACAAGUACAACUUGGGUUUGGACAUUCGUACUGCCGCCUACGCUAACGCAAUCGAAAAAGUCUACAAUACCUACAGGACACUGGGUUUCACUUUCACAUAA